AUGGCUCCCAACACCUGCGAAACAGACCUCACAGGCGCAGAUUUCGACGGACUUGACCCUUCAACUUCAGAUCAUCUUUUGGCACGGGCAGCGGGUACUUCGAGUAGCGUGUCAUUAUACCCAUACAUCGAUCUACAACGUUCUUAUGCACUAAAUACUCAACAACCUCCACUCGGUCUCCCACUUAUCGUUCGACCUCAUGAUACUCGUAAUACGAUUUCCACCGACGAAUCCCUUUAUUCAUUGGAUGACUCUGAACCAGAGUUACUCAUCCAUCUUGUCUUCAGUGAAUUGGUUCGCAUCCGUACCCUUUUGGUUGGAAUUGGACGUGGAGAAGAGGCUCCUAGACUUUGUCGUGUCUGGGCUAAUGUGAAUGGUAUCGGAUUUGAAGAUGUAGAUGAUCGUAAACCUGAUCAGGAAUGGGAGCUGUGUGAGGCGGAUGGAGCGGUGGAAUAUUCUACACGAGUUUCUAGAUUUCAAUCAGUGUCAACUCUCACCUUUCUUUUUGCGCUUUGGGUGAAGUAA